CUGUUUCCUGGUCGCACAUGAUAAUAGCCAACCUACAAGAUGCGGUUCAAAACCGAGCUGAAAAACAUACGUACCUUUUCCAAACUCACGGCUGCUCUCAACUCCCUCGAGAAGAUUGCAUGGGUGCGUCUGGACGAUGACACAGCGCGGUUUACCGUCAUUCCGGACACCGGGUCCCAAGUCUGGGCCUCACUCUCCAUGGACUUCAUGUUCGAAAAUUACCACAUCCAAUCUGCCGAGGCCAACAACACCAUCAACUUGGAGCUUCCUCUACAACCCCUCCAACGUGCUCUCAAGUCUGCCCUCAACAGCACCUCGGCCUCCCUUCGCCUGACCAAAAAAGAGGGCGUCCCCAUCCUGUCCAUGACCAUCACGACCACAACCGACUCGGCAGCCGCGCCAGGGCAACGGUCUGUCGCCUCCGCCGCAGCCGCAGCGGCAGCAGCGGCAGCAACAGGAGUCCACUCCGCCCUCGACGAAGACCCUUUCCACGACGACGACGACGACGACGCAGCCGCCUUCGCGCCAGAACACCUCGAGACGUCCCUCCGCCGCGAACGCGAGAAGAUCAUCACUCAGGACAUCCCCGUCCGCGUCCUCCACCCCGAAACGGUCGAGACAAUCAUGCAGCCCAAGGUCCGCGAGCCCGACGUCCACAUCCAGCUGCCCCCGCUCCUCCAGCUGAAGGCCAUCUCCGACCGCUUCACCAAGCUGGCCCUCGCCUCUUCUGCCGGCGGGGCAACGGGCCGGGUCGGGGGCGGGCCCCGGCUCGAGCUGAGUGCCAACAUGCACGGGUCGUUGCGCCUCCGCAUCGCCACCGAGGCCGUCGACAUCGCGAGCACCUGGACCGGCCUGGAAAACCCGCAGCUUGACCCGGCGCAGCUGCAGGGGCCCCUCGAGGAGCACCCCAGCGCCCUGUUCCGCGAGGCCGGCCCCGACAAGUGGGCCACGGUGCGCGUCGACGGCAAGGAUUGGAGCCGGGUGUUGAGCGUGGGGCGCCUCGAGGGGAGGGUGAUUGCGUGCUUUGCUGACGACCACGCCCUCAUUCUCUACGUUUACGUGCCGCAGCACGACGAUUCCUCGGCCGAAGACUCGGUCGUUACGUACUAUGUAACUUCUUAUAGUGCAUAGCAUACCGCAUGCAAUCGGUGGGGGGUUUGUUCUUUUUGUUUCCGGUGAACUAGGCUACGGAUGGGACAUAAGGACUCGAUCUCGUUC